AUGGAGUCCGUGGCCCUGUACAGCUUCCAGGCCACGGAGCAGGACGAGCUGCCCUUCCAGAAAGGGGACACGCUGAAGAUCCUCAACAUGGAGGAUGACCAGAACUGGUUCAAGGCUGAGCUGUUCGGCCGCGAGGGCUUUGUCCCCAAAAACUACAUCAAGGUCAAGCCACACCCGUGGUACGCGGGCAGGAUCUCCCGGCACCUGGCAGAGGAGCGGCUGCUCCAGCGCAACCACCUGGGAGCCUUCCUGAUCCGCGACAGCGAGAGCGCCCCGGGCGAGUUCUCCCUCUCCGUCAGCUACGGGAAGCAGGUCCAGCACUUCAAGGUGCUCAGGGAGAGGAACGGCAAAUAUUUCCUCUGGGAGGAAAAGUUCAACUCGCUCAACGAGCUGGUGGAUUUCUACAGGAUGACCACGAUCGCCAAGGAGCAGCAGAUCUUCCUGUGGGACGAGGACCAGACCCAGGAGCAGGGAUCCCAAGGCUCCUCCUCAUCCCGUGGUGGCACAGCCUCCCCACCAGGACCCGGGCAGUGCCACCCAGUGCCAGGGGCUGUGAGAUGGGGACCCCUCUCCUCCCACCAACCCCGGCCCUCGGCUCCCCUGCAGGUGAGGAGACCCCGAUUUGUGCAAGCCCAGUUUGACUUCUCAGCCCAGGAGGGCUCCCAGCUGCCCUUCCUGCGUGGGGACAUCAUCGAGGUCCUGGGCUGCCCCGACCCCAACUGGUGGCAGGGGAAGGUCUACGGCCGUGUCGGGCUCUUCCCACGGAGCCACGUCCACCCCAUCCACAAGUGA